AUGUGGGAUACAUACAUCGCUGGCGAGUUUAGAGGUGCUAACGAGGUGUUCUCAGAGAUCUACGGCUUGACGGGCGAUAAGAAGCACCUAGAAACAGCCAAGGCUUUCGACAACCGCGAAUCUUUAUUUGGUGCGGCUGUUGCGGACCAGGACAUACUAGUCGUGACUCCGCAGAACAAGCCAGGUCGGCGUUGUGCCGAGCGCCUGCAUGCCAACACACACGUCCCGCAGUUUCUCAGUUACCUCCAAGUUUACGAGUAUGGCGGAGCAGGCGAGUAUCUUACUGCGGCGAAGAGUUUCUUCAGCUGGAUAGUGCCACACCGCGAGUUUGCCAGCGGCGGUAUAGGCGGUAAUUACCCUGGUGCGAAGCCCAAUCCUGAAUUAUUCCAGAAUCGGGACAAUAUUGCAAACGCCAUUGCCGACGACAGCGCAGAGACCUGCACGACCUACAACACCCUCAAGCUUGCAAGGAACUUGUUCCUCUACGAACAGAACGCCACAUACAUGGACCACUAUGAGCACAGCCUGUUUAACAUAAUUACAGGCUCGCGAGCCGACACCGAUGAUACCUCUGACCCUCAAUUGACCUACUUCCAGCCCCUCUCCCCAGGCUCUGAGCGCGAGUAUGAUAACACUGGGACCUGCUGCAGCGGAACUGGCAUAGAGAGUCACACCAAGUAUCAGGAGACAGUCUUCCUACGCUCUGCGGAUGCAUCGUCACUUUAG